UGCGUGCUGUGCAACCGCAACGACUUCCACCAGGACCACAUGUGGCUGGUGUGCUACUCGGUCAUCCUGGCCAUCGUGGCCGUGCAAGUGGUGGGGGUGCUGCUGGUCUGGCCCAGGAGCGCCUCCGAGGGCAUCUGGUGGACUGUCUUCUUCAUCUACAGCAUCUACACGCUGCUGCCAGUCAGGAUGAGGGCUGCGGUCAUCAGCGGGGUGGUCCUCUCAGCAAUCCACCUGGCCAUCUCCCUGAAGACCAACGCAGAGGACCAGUUCCUGUUAAAGCAGCUGGUCUCCAAUGUUCUCAUCUUCUCCUGCACAAACAUUGUAGGAGUGUGUACGCAUUACCCAGCAGAGGUGUCUCAAAGACAAGCAUUCCAAGAGACCAGGGAGUGCAUUCAGGCCAGGCUACAUUCUCAAAGGGAGAACCAGCAACAGGAGCGGCUCCUGCUCUCUGUACUUCCUCGUCACGUUGCUAUGGAGAUGAAAGCCGACAUUAAUGCCAAACAGGAGGAUAUGAUGUUUCAUAAGAUCUACAUCCAGAAGCACGACAAUGUCAGCAUCCUCUUUGCAGACAUAGAGGGGUUCACCAGCCUGGCCUCCCAGUGUACAGCUCAGGAGCUGGUCAUGACGCUGAAUGAGCUCUUUGCCAGAUUUGAUAAGCUUGCAGCUGAAAAUCACUGUUUACGUAUAAAAAUCUUGGGCGAUUGCUACUACUGCGUGUCUGGAUUACCAGAAGCAAGAGCUGACCAUGCACACUGCUGUGUUGAAAUGGGAAUGGACAUGAUAGAGGCUAUCUCAUUGGUCCGGGAGGUGACAGGAGUCAACGUGAACAUGAGGGUUGGGAUCCACAGUGGGAGAGUUCACUGUGGAGUCUUGGGCCUCAGGAAGUGGCAGUUUGAUGUGUGGUCAAAUGAUGUCACGCUAGCCAAUCACAUGGAAGCCGGAGGUAAAGCAGGGCGAAUCCACAUUACCAAAGCCACCUUGAAUUAUCUGAAUGGAGACUACGAGGUGGAGCUGGGUUUUGGAGGAGAACGCAAUGCUUACCUCAAGGAGCACAGUAUAGAGACCUUCCUGAUUGUACGCUGCAGUCAAAAACGGAAAGAUGAGAAAGCGACAAUAGCCAAGAUGAACAGACAGCGCACCAAUUCCAUCGGCCAUAACCCUCCACACUGGGGUGUGGAUCGCCCCUUUUACAACCAUCUGGGUGCUCACCAGGUCUCCAAGGAGAUGAAGAGAAUGGGUUUUGAGGAUCCCAAGGACAAGAACACGCAAGAAAGCAUGAACCCAGAGGAUGAGGUGGAUGAGUUUCUGGGCCGUGCAAUCGAUGCCAGAAGUAUUGAUCGGUUACGCUCUGAGCAUGUUCGCAAGUUUCUCUUAACAUUCAGGGAGCCUGACUUAGAGAAGAAGUACUCCAAGCAAGUGGACGACAGAUUUGGAGCCUAUGUGGCUUGUGCCUCCCUCGUCUUCCUCUUCAUCUGCUUUGUCCAAAUCACAAUCGUGCCCCAAUCUACAUUUAUGUUGGGUUUUUACCUGACCAGUUUUUUGAUCCUGACCACAGUGGUGUUUGUUUCAGUCAUUUACUCCUGCGUAAAGCUUUUCCCAGCUCCACUCCAGACUCUCGCAAGGAAGAUUGUUCAAUCCAGGACCAAUAGCACCUUAGUUGGGGUCUUCGCCAUUAUACUGGUUUUUCUGUCAGCAUUUGUCAACAUGUUCAUGUGCAGCACUGUGGAUCUUGUCAGCUGUGUGGCUACAGAAUAUAACAUCACUCCCGACCAGGUGGACAUAUGCCAUAUCAGCAACUCAUCUUUCAAUUACAGCCUGGGCACCUGGCAGGGAUUCUGUGGCAGUUCCCUGCCCAAUUGCAACUUCCCAGAGUAUUUUACCUACAGUGUCUUACUGAGUCUCCUGGCCUGCUCUGUGUUCCUUCAGAUCAGCUGCAUCGGGAAACUGAUCCUAAUGUUGAUCAUCGAAUUCAUAUACGUUCUCAUUGUGGAGGUGCCAGGGGUAAACCUCUUUGACAAUGCAGAUCUUCUGGUUGCAGCCAACACUGUUGAGUUCUCUAAUGGAACAUCAACAUGCUCCCAGAAAGCGUCGAGAGUGGCACUGAAGAUUGUGACCCCUAUCGUCAUAACUGUUUUUGUCCUGGCAUUAUAUCUGCAUGCCCAGCAGGUGGAAUCCACAGCAAGGCUCGACUUCCUUUGGAAACUGCAGGCCACUGAAGAGAAAGAGGAAAUGGAGGAGCUACAGGCCUACAAUAGACGCCUCCUCCACAACAUCUUGCCAAAGGACGUGGCAGCCCAUUUCCUGGCACAAGAGCGGCGAAACGAUGAGCUGUAUUAUCAGUCCUGUGAGUGCGUGGCUGUCAUGUUUGCCUCCAUCAGCAACUUUUCGGAGUUCUACGUGGAGUUAGAGGCAAACAACGAAGGGGUGGAAUGUCUGAGGCUCCUCAACGAAAUUAUUGCAGACUUUGAUGAAAUAAUAAGUGAAGACCAAUUUCGGCAGCUGGAGAAGAUCAAAACCAUUGGCAGUACGUACAUGGCUGCUUCAGGCCUCAAUGACUCUACUUAUGACAAGGUGGGAAAAUCACACAUCAAAGCUCUGGCUGACUUUGCCAUGAAGUUAAUGGACCAAAUGAAGUACAUUAAUGAGCAUUCGUUCAACAACUUCCAGAUGAAAAUAGGGUUAAAUAUUGGUCCUGUGGUAGCUGGGGUAAUAGGCGCACGAAAACCUCAAUAUGACAUCUGGGGAAACACAGUCAAUGUAGCCAGUCGAAUGGACAGUACAGGUGUUCCUGACAGAAUUCAGGUGACCACAGACAUGUACCAGGUUUUAGCAGCCAACGGCUAUCAGCUCGAAUGUCGAGGGGUCGUUAAGGUAAAGGGUAAAGGAGAAAUGACCACCUACUUCCUAAACGAAGGGCCGCCGAUCAGUUAGCAGUAACCAACUUUAAAAAUGGCAUUUGCAUGGAGAAGAAUUGCUGUUUAGCUGUGGACCCAAAAGUACAGCGCAGUUGCAUUUUUUCAUGCAACGACUUUAGAGCAUGGUUCUGACAAGCAAAUGAACUUUAGCCACAUGCCAUGCAGUGCAGAAGAAAGAAAACACUGGAUUAAUUCCCAGUGGAGUGCUAAAUCGACCAAAGAUGCAUCUCUAUGGAAUUCCCAGCUAAACGAAAUGAAUUUGAGCUUUGAAAAUGAAGCUGCUGCACAGGACAUAAGAUAUUUAAAUAUUUAUUGAAGCUACACAAAAUUUUACUGGGUUGAAGGAAUGUAUGAUUCACUACAAAGCAUUAUUUUGGAAAGGAUUUGCACUCCUAUAAUAUUUCCGUUCCAUACGGUCAGUUCUUUCAAGUGUACCCCUAUUCUUUUAUUAGCUGUUUGAUAGGCUUUCAAAAUUAAAAGUGACACCCACUGUUCUACACAAAGGGCCUUUCAGAACAGCAUCGGUAAUGUUUUUUAGGUUGAAAAAGACACCUUGCCCUAUAAAACUGUCCCCUUUCUCUUACAUGGCUAACGGGCUACUCUUCUGAAUAGGACUGGUACACCUCAGAUCAAGAUGAGGAAACAUGGCUCUGCAAACAUAUUUAUUAAAUGAAAGUCUUCUGUGCUCUUCUUUGGUAUAUAUCUCAGUUUACAUGUGAAAGACUAGAUGAAAACAAGAGACACUUUAGGGGGAACCCCCCCCUCAACUUUCUUGUUUUUGUAUUUUUUAUUUUGUAAUAUUGAAAACAAGGAGAUCUAACAGAUAUACCAAAUUCUAUAUUUUGUAAAUUAUAUAUAUUAGAAAAAAGUCUGUCCACACCCGAGUGUGGUGGGUUGUGUAUAUAUAACCUGCAGAACUAUGUAACAUUCCGUGCAUUAUUCUCUGAAUACAGACUUGGCAGUUUUCAGAUUAAGAGUAAACAAUCACACAACAGUUGAUGAGGUUGCAGGCCGCGUCAGAUGCAUUUUUAAGUGAAAAUUCAGAAAACCCUACAGAAGAGGAAAAAAUCAAGUACAAUAAUCAUUACAAACAACUGUUCAUUUCAGGAUUCAAGAUGCAGUUGGGGCUGAUAAAGAGUGCAGUGAAUGCAUGAUAAAUAACUGAGCUGUU